AUGCGAUGGGAGUGCCCAACUGCCACCCCUGUAAGAGAGGAAAAAUUGUUAUCGUAUUAUCCCAUAAAAAGUUAUUACUGUACUUAUGUCUGUGGAGCAGCAUCCUUGUGGGUGUUUGCAGCUCUCCAUGAUUUUGGAGGUCAAGAGGGUUCGCAUGUGGCUUGAAACUUCCUGCCUCUUUCAGAAACACGAUGGAUUUAUAGGAUAUACGCCAGAGGAUAAAUCAGUCGCGCGUGGUCUAGUUUGUUUCUAGGUUGGACGCCAGGGUCCUGCAUUUGGUCCUUUCCUUGGCAACCAAGUUCUUAGAAGCGUGUCACAACUCGACAGUAUUAGCGUCUCAGGCUACAGGACUCCCGACCACCGCGUGUUCUUGCCGUUUACAGUUAUCUGUCUCCCCUUGGUCUGCAUGUGGAGAGGUUUCUUAUUUUGAUCGCGGUUAAGGCCCCAGACACCCUACUGGACACAUGUUGUCCAAGCACAAAUUGUCGGUAGAGGAUUCCACAACCCGCGACAUCGAGGAAGGCGAGGGGGUAUCGGUGCCUGGGAUGGACUCGUGGUUGCUUGUAACCCUAGCAAGACGUAGUUCUGUCGAUGAGGUCUUCAUGUACUGUGGGGAGCUGCCUUUAAGUAGGUCAGUCCAGAAGACAGACGCGGUAUGCGACACGGCCAUCUGCUAGUUUUGGCAUAAAAUAACUUCUACACGUGUGCAGCUUGUGCCCGUUGCGCAUAUACUAGUAGAACAUUGGCGCCUCGCCAUUCCGUCACAACUGCAGGGACGUUAAUUUGCAAAGGAAGGUGUGUAGCCCGCGUGUAGCUGCCAACUCUUUUCGAGUUCGUCCUUGUGAAAGAUGUAUUUAGAACUGGCGGAUCACAGCCCCGGUUAUUGCGUGGAUACUAGGAGAAUAUAGUCUUCGUGCUGGUUCUCGGAGAAUUCGAAGCUCAGAUUCGUCUUAAACCAAAAUUGGCUGUUUUUGAGCUCCUCAGUUCUGAAGAUGCUGACAUGUAUACGUCUCAACGGAACUAAGUAAUGUGCAACUUACGGUUCAGCCUCUUUCACUGCAGACUGGAGGCCAAUAAAGUGGUUUUUAGUGAACCCAAGUCCCUUGUUCGCACAUAUUGUCAGGAGGCACGGGAAGCAGACAAAGUUCCGCCAACAGUGAGCAUCAAUUGGAAAGAGAAUACGGAUCCAGAUUUUCAUACCUCAUACAUGGCUCAUAAUCCGCGAAAACUUGACAUGUGGAACUCCUAUCAAGUUACAGGUUCUGCAAAGUCCGAGGAAUUUGAUAAAUGUAACGGCAUGCCUCGUACCUUAUCAGCAGGUCUGCAAGCAGCAUGGGAGCAGCUGGAACGCACUGGACUUCAUGAUCCAUUAUCUGUAGUCCAUUAUGAACGUUUGGACGCGAUUGGGACAGGUACUGCCUCACGACAUGACAGUGGACAAGUUGGAGAGAUUCAGUCUGGUUACAACGGAAUUUACUUUGAUGAAAUUCCUGAAGCUUUGCCUUCACAUCACAGCGAUUUUACAUCAAUUAAUAGAAAUCCCAGUGUUACAGCAUCUCAGCUUAAUGGUGCAUCCCCGGAUUUGGAUACUGAAAUGAACUCGGAACCUGAAAAGAAAAGGGGUAGACGCAAGUUUCCUGAAGGUUGGGUCGCAUCCAAGAACCUCAUAUCAGAACGGAAGAGGAGAGAAAAACUUCAAAAGAGUCUUCUAGACUUAAGGGCCUUGGUGCCGAAGAUUACCAAGAUGGACAAAGUAUCGAUACUUUCAGACGCAAUUGAACACGUACAAGAUCUCAAGCAGAAGGUAGAGAUGCUAGAGAAUUUGAGCACCACUGUUGAGGACGGAUCCAUCGACCAGGCAACUGCAGAAUGCUCCAAGAGUUCUGGCAGCAACUUGGAAGUCAGUGAAGCUGAUGAUGAAGGACACAACCAAUAUCAUGCAUCAGAAGACGCAUCUUGUUCAGCACGUUGUGAUUAUCAAUCGAAUAGUUCAAGCCAAGAUUGGGCUAUGCACCAAGUGAGCCACACGUUCCUGGCCCAGUUGGAUGUCACUAAACUGGAACACGGGUUAUACAAGCUGAACUUCACCUGCAAGCAACAGCCAGGUGUCCUUGUGCAACUCAGUCAAGCCAUUGAGGCAUUUGUAAUUGAAAUUGUGCACACCAACAUUGUGGUUAUCACACCCACAAAGGUUACCUGCUCCUUUGUCGUCAAGAUGAGCAGCUGGAACGUUAUGGCAGUGACUGAUGUAGAGGCUGAUAUAAAACAAUUGUUGGGACAAUCUGGAUUACUGUUUUCAUAGUGCUGUGAAGGACACCAUUGAAGCCAGGUAUUCAAUCUCAAGUGAUAGGACCUGAGGCUGUUGUUUAGUGAUGAAGAUGAAACUAGUUCCAAGUAGAUUGGUUAUGGUACUGAUUAUAAUCAAUUGCAAACCUUCAGUGUAGUUUAGCCAACACUGCAAUUUUUAUUCUUGACUAGAAUAUCAAUGUACAAAGUUGCAUGCUUUUAGAUAGUCGCUUCAGAAAAAUAAUGCAUGAGUAUGCUUGGUCACUAAUGUUGUGGUAGGUUGAACAUGGUUAAGCACAAAGAUUCAGGAGCAUAACUGAACCUGCAGUUUUGGAAAAUGUUGUUCAAUGGGAGCUUUAUAACUAGGUUCAGGCUACAAGCACACCUGAAAGUGCUACAUACACACUCAAAAAAAUAGAUGCUUCUAAUUGGUUGGUUUGCUAAAAUGAUCAGCAAUUGCAAAAAGAUUAGGGGGACAUGAUUGAAACUUUCAUCAAGAUUGGGGGACAAGAGUUAGGAAUAGGGAUGGCAAUUGGGAAUGGUGCCAAGAUUGGAAAGUGGGAUUGGGAAGUGGAGGAGGAGAUUUAGGACUUGUGCUAGAAUUAAAAAGAGGUCACAGAGCAGCCAAUUAGUGGCCUUGGGUGUGCGAUUUGCAAUUUGGGAUGUGCUUGUAGCAUGAGUCUUAUAAUUAAUACUUAUUGAAAACUUCAA